AUGGAUGAUACUCAGGAGGAUGCUAGGUACCUGCCAAAUCGUUAUGGCAUAACUAAUCCUGAGUUUCCUGUUCACAAUGGCACUUAUGCUCGGAAUGUUGGCAAUGAGUAUGUUGAGGACGAUGAUAAUGAUGUUAAUGACGAAGAUAUGGAAUAUGAAGAUGAUGAUGAGGAUGAUGGUGGAUGUAGUAGUGUUCAGAGGAUAGGUAACGAUGAUUAUGUUGAUGAUGAUGGUGAUGAGGACGAGGAUGAGGAUGAGGAUGAGGAUGAUUAUGGUAAUUUACAGAGGCACCCGAAAAAGAGAAAAUUGAAAAGCUUGUUAUCAAGUUACGAGUUUGCACCUCGAGUACCACCACCAUCAUCUGCAACUCCUGCAGUGCCUAAGCCAUCAUAUGGUGGACGGAAUCCGCAUACAGAUUGGACUGAGAGCGAGACCGUUGUCUUACUGGAUGCUUGGGGUGAUAGGUUUCUCAAACAUGGGAGGAAGAGCCUUCGGUCUGAAGAGUGGCAAGAAGUUUCUAAAAAGGUUUCCCAGGAGUCAAAAUUUGAGAGAACGGACACUCAGUCAAUCAAUUGGUUUGCCAAGAUGGCGGGCACUGGAAUACACACCUACCACCAGCAAUGGCUGCCUGCCCCGGGCCCUCCGCCUCCUCCCGCCGCCGCUCCUCCUCCGUAUCCACACCCCCAUCCUCCGUCCAUCCUCUCACCGUUAGAUGAGGUACGGACUAUAUUUAUAUCGGGGUUACCGGAGGACGUGAAGGAGAGAGAGUUGCAGAAUUUGUUGAGGUGGUUGCCGGGCUACGAGGCUUCCCAGGUUAAUUUCAAAGGAGAACAUCCGAUGGGUUUCGCACUUUUUACUACUGCGCAGCAUGCUCUUGCUGCCAAGGAUGCCCUUCAGGAGAUGGUUUUUGAUACGGAUUCAAAAUCUGUAUUGCACACUGAGAUGGCAAAGAAGAAUCUUUUCGUAAAAAGGGGAAUAGUUUCUGAUUCAAAUACUUACGACCAAAGUAAACGGAUGCGAACUGGUGAUGAUUAUACACAUACUGGCUAUUCAAGUCCAUCUCCUUUCCAUCCUCCUACAGCGCCUGUUUGGGCACCUCAUGGGUAUAUGGCACCAGCACCUCCACCUUAUGAUCCAUAUGGGGUUUAUGCUGUUCCUCCAGUGCCAAUGCCUGCUCCAGCUCCUCGACCAGCACCAAGCAGUUACGCACCUAUUCAGAAUACCAAAGACAACCCUCCUUGCAAUACUCUAUUUAUUGGCAAUCUUGGGGAGAAUAUUAACGAGGAAGAGCUGAGGGGCCUUGUCAGUAUACAACCUGGUUUUAAGCAGAUGAAGAUUAUAAGACAGGAAAGACAUACCGUUUGCUUCAUUGAGUUUGAAGAUGUGAAUAGUGCCACCAAUGUACACCACAGCUUGCAGGGUGCUAUUAUACCCAGUUCUGGUUCUGUUGGCAUGCGUAUUCAAUAUUCAAAGAAUCCGUUUGGGAAGAGGAAGGACUCCAACUACCCUGGUGUUUCCCCCGCAAUGAAUGGAGCACCACCACCAAUGAACUACCAGUAG